GGGAAAGAGAACAUAACCAUGGAUGGCCUACCACGAGAUCCGAUGACGAACCCGGAGAAAAUGGAUGACUACUCGGAAGAGGCGUAUGGCAGACCAGACUACGACGAGAACCCAAAAGAAGGCACGCAGAAGAUCGUCAAGGAGUUCGUUGACAACGCGACCACGCAUGGGAUCCCUCGAGUUCUGAACGCGUCCCGCCCAUGGCACUCCCGCCUGUUUUGGUGCGUGGUCACCUUAAUACUUGCGGGUGUCUUCCUCUAUCAGGGUUCCAUGCUCGUCUUCUCCUUCAUCAACCGACCGACCACGACGAAAAUCUCAAUCAUCACCAAAUCGAAGCUCGAAUUCCCCGCCGUCACUAUUUGUAAUCUGAACAUGCUACGACGAUCGAUGUUGAAGGGUACCCGUUUCGAGAAACUGGCAGCCUUAGAUCAAGAUCACGCUGUUAGCGGGAUUGGACUGGAAGAUUCCGAUUAUAGUUGGUUUUUCUCAGAGCCAUCAUCAUUAGGAGGAGAAACAACAGAUGGAGAAACAUCAGAAGUGGAUACCACUUUUCCUCCCAAUCGGGGCCGUCGUGCACUCAAUGCUGAGUCUUCUUAUUAUUCAGACGAUGAAUAUGAUUACACCGACAUCGAGGACAUCAAAGACCCAAACGACUGGGAAGCAUUGUACAAUCAUUCGAAGGCGAGCGACUAUACUAAUUUUAAGAACUACGUCAAACCGACAAGAGAGGAGAUGCGUAUGCUUGGACACCAGGCCAAAGACUUCAUUCUACAAUGCACCUUCGAUACAGAGGCAUGCAGCUAUAAAAAUUUCACCGUCAUCCAGAACGCUGAGUAUGGGAACUGUUUCGUGUUUAACAACGCACAUAAAUUGAAGAGAAAGAAGCGCACGCCGACAUCAAGAACAGGAUCUCAGUAUGGCCUUCAACUGACAUUGAUGCUGGAGCAGCCCGAGUACAUCGGUGUUCUCAGCCCGGAUUCUGGGGUCAAAGUCGCUAUCAACGACCCCCGAAUCUACGCGUUCCCCGAGGACGAUGGCAUCGAGGCAGCACCUGGCAUUAAAACCUCCAUCGGAAUCAAAAAGACCUCCAUUUCUCGACUCCCUAAGCCGUACGGCGAUUGUAUGAGAAAACAUACGUCAUAUUAUGAUCCGGAAAAAUACGACUUCUCCCAGCGUUCAUGUUUAAAGCUUUGUCUUCAGAAAACCCUGCAAUCUGAGUGCUCAUGCGUCACGGAUAUUCUCAUCACUGGAUCCAUGUGUCAGGUCACUAACAGAGAACAAGGAAAUUGCAGGAACCGAGUCUUUAGCGACUUCAUAAGAAACAGACUUAAUUGUAACUGUUCAAACGCUUGUAGUGAAUCUGUGUUCAACCCGAGGAUAGCAAUUUCAAGAUGGCCUGCCACAAGACACGAGGCUCAUUUGUAUGACAGACUGGCCAUGAUCAACAAGAAAGCAGCUAGAAUUCUUACAAAUGUGGCGCAAUCGAGAAAUAAUCUUGUGCGCCUGUCUGUGUUUUAUGAAGAACUCAACUUCGAGAAUGUCGUGGAAAGUCCAUUGAUAACGGUGGAAUCUCUUUUCGGAAGUUUAGGUGGAUUAUUGGGUCUCUACAUAGGAAUGUCUUUCAUAUCAGCGACGGAGAUACUGGUCUUCAUCUACGAGUUACUUCGCUCUUCCUGCUCCAGGAGAGGCAAUUCUUCCAAACAUACUAAGGUUUCUGGACCCUAAGUCUGCCUCGAGCGACUUCAGAGACUACAAAGCUCAACGGCCCGGCUUGUAUUUUCUGCGCCGAUUUGGACCCAUACUGCAAAACUGUCCAACUGGCCGCCUGUCAUGCAUGUACGUCGAGGGGUUGCGUUCAAAACCCUGCUAUUCGUGAACAAGGCUUUUUAUUAGCGUGGUCCAGAAUACACCAAAACCCUGUUUCUAAACACUUGUUAUCGAUAAUAAAUGCUAAAAUACGAUGACAAAUUAGCUCUCAGCCAAUCAGAUGCCACGAUUUUAGAAGCUUAUAACAGUGAUUGUAAUUAGUUAUUGAUAACAAGUUUCUUAUUUAUAACAAGUUUGAUGACACAGGGCCCAGGACUUGCCUCGUUUGUCGACCCUCAACCACGCCUGCUUUACUCGGUCUUUAUCUUCUGUACAUAAUGGUUGACUGAGCUCCUCUCCAAGAGUGUUUUUCCCCCAACCACCAGUGAUAUUUUGUGAGCCUUCAUUAAUCAUUUUUGUUCAUAUUCUACGUCAGAUUGCUUAAAUUCACUUUCUUUCAAACACGUGCGUCUGGUGACGUAGCCACUAGACCAAGAUACCUGUACAUAAAUGUUUCAUGACUGAAAUCGGUAAUAAUUUGUUCUUUGUACAAAUAGAGUGAUAUUUAAAGCCAAAUAUCUCUUAUUGAUUUAGAGUCAAAAUGUAUUGUUUGUAACUGUGUAACUUCUGUUGUAAAUUUCUGAAAUAAUAUGUCAAUGAUUUUCUUCAGCAACUUCUAGCAACGAUUAUUUCUAGCAUGGCUAAAUUGUUAGACGAGACAAAUAACUUCAACUGUAAACAGCUGGACAUAAUGUGCUUAAUGUUCACAGUCACGCCAUCGGUGCUUUAAUGUGUAAAUUUCAAAUCUGUUUUUUAGACAGUUCUACAUUAUUGUUUU